AUGUUGCUCAUGGACAAGCAGGCCGUCCGGAUUUUACUCGUUGGCGAGCCCGGUGUUGGAAAGACUACAUUGAUUCUAUCACUAGUUAGCGAAGAGUUCUCUCCCCAGGUUCCCGCGAGGGCAGAAGAGAUAACAAUUCCAGCUGACGUUACACCGGAGAGGGUACCGACACAAAUAGUUGACUAUUCGUCUCGCUUACAAAAUUCCGAUGAGUUGUGUUCGGAAAUAUGCAGGGCCGACGUAAUGUGCUUAGUCUAUGCUCUUGAUGAUGAUAAUUCUAUUUCAAAAUUGAGAUCAUAUUGGCUGCCGUUUAUCCAACAAUGUGAGACUAAAAGUGGAUUAAGAACUCCCGUAGUGUUAGUCGGCAAUAAACUUGAUCUUGUUCCAGUUAGCAAAAUGGAGGCUUUCUCAGACGCCAUUUUGUCGUCGAAUGGAGUCGAUUCGCAUGUGCUUCCUAUAAUGAAUGAUUUCCCGGAUGUCGAAACUUGCAUCGAGAAUACCUAG